CCUAGAGGUGACAUUCUAAUGGCUUACAGUAUCCUUAACACUCCUGGACAUCCUCUCAAACACCUACUUAGGCUUAGUCCCAACACUAACCUAAGGGGUAACACCCAGAAAUUGGAGAUACAGCAUAGUAGAACGGAUUGCAAGCACAAAUUCUACUCCUUAAGAGUUGUCAAAUGCUGGAAUUCGCUGCCAGCUGAGCUAGUACAAGCAACUUCCCAGGAGUCCCUUAAGAGGCGACUUGAUCUAUUGUUAAGGACUAAGGAUAGCAUCUUGCUAUGAUUUACCAAUUUAUUUUUUUCUCUUUUUUCGUUAAUACAUCUAGGUUCUUGCCUGGAGGUAUUGAUGAUCUACUGCUACUAGAAACGGAAGCCUGUUAAGCGAAAGCUUUUUCUAUUCCAUCCACAUCCAUUUGAACCUUUUGUUUGUUUUAACUUACCUUGAUUCUGUUACGCGGGGCCGUACUGCCGAAUUUGAGUCCUGAUGUUUUGCUACCUGGACUCAUCUUUAACAUUGUUUCAAGCCAUAUAUUACAUCUUAUGACUCAUGAAUACACCGGGUGGUAUAGUCAAUCUUCAUACAAAUGAAGAGUUAAUUGGACUACAUGGAAGUCGUGACAAAUUCCUGCUUAAUACUAUUCUAAUAUUCGUUCUUCGAAAGGGGUAUACAGCAGUAACAAAAGAAGUCAUUCAGCUUUACAGUCAUUUAUCCUAUGAACCACCCCCUUUUUGUGUGUGGUGUUGUGCAGCGACGUUAUUUCCCAAGAUUCCAGAUGGGAAUUUUGUUGAGAAUACUUCCAACGAUUCACGUUUACCCAAUGAUUGGAAAAAUCAGUUAGAUAUUUUGAUUACAGUAGGGGAUGAUCUAUUUUCAGGAUUGGAUGAUUCUUCUCGAUAUAAACCACAUCUUCACAAAUACUUGAAUGAAGCCAGACGUGUUAUUAUGCAUUUAUACUUGGAAUCGUUUUCAUCAACAAGUGACUAUACACCGUGUUUUACCAAAUUGAAUCAAUAUUUUCCUGCAUCAGAUCCAACUGAUAAAGUACAGGAUUUUCGAUUACGGUUUUUGAAACUGUUAGCAUCUGGUCACAAAAUUAAUCGUUAUUUAAAUGAAAGAUGGUUUACUGCUAAAUCUGAUGUUCUUAAACAAUUACAAUAUUUGGCAUUUGAUAUUGUUGAACAAUUGCCUGAAGUAUUACUGGACAAAGUUGGAUCAAAUGAAUGGGUGUAUAAUGAUGUGAUAUUAUUACGAUUUAACACACUUUUGGCUUUAAUUAUACGUCAACAGUUGUUAGGUAAAUCUUCAUGCACAGAAAAAGAUAUAUUUGAAAUCAUGCACAUUUACAACUCUCAAUCAUGUCCAUCUCAGUUAAUUUAGAUUAAUGGAUUUCUGUUAUUCUGAUUACUUUCUUUAUGAACAUCUAUAGAUUGUACUUAGUUUUGGCUAUAACUAUUCUACAUUACUUCUACGUUAGUUUAUGUAUCACAUAAAUAUCCUUGUAGAUCUUUAUUUGGUAUGAAAAUAAAAACUUUAAAACCGUUGAGACUAA